AUGGCUCACUCAAAGGCUCUCUUAGUGCUGGAAAACUUUAUAGGUGGCAAAUUUGUUCCUUGUUCCUCCUACAUAGACUCCUAUAAUCCAUCUACCGGAGAUGUCUAUUGCAGGGUACCAGACAGUGGCAAAGAGGAGGUGGAACUUGCUGUCAGAGCUGCCAAAGCUGCUUUCCCAGUUUGGUCCUCAAAAAGUCCACUGGAAAGAUCUCAGAUCCUGAACAAACUGGCAGACCUCAUUGAGCAUGACCUAGAAGAAUUUGCACAAGCAGAGUCAAAGGAUCAGGGAAAGACUCUCACCUUUGCCAGAAGCAUCGACAUCCCUCGGGCCGUGUACAACUUCCGCUUCUUUGCCUCGUCUGUCCUUCAUCACACCACGGAGUGCUCAGAGAUGGCAGCUGUGGGCUGUGUGCAUUACACCCUCAGGACACCUGUGGGAGUGGCUGGUUUAAUCAGCCCCUGGAAUUUGCCGCUGUAUUUGUUGACCUGGAAAAUAGCUCCUGCCAUUGCAUGUGGAAACACUGUGGUUGCCAAGCCAAGUGAGAUGACAUCUGUCACUGCUUGGAUGAUGUGCAAGCUCUUGGAGAAAGCAGGAGUACCCCCUGGGGUGGUGAAUGUGGUGUUUGGAAGGGGCAGCAGGGCAGGAGAAGCCCUUGUUUGCCACCCCGAUGUGCCCCUGAUCUCCUUCACGGGAAGCACGCUGACAGCCCAGCGCAUCACGGAGAGAAGCGCUCCGCACUGCAAACGCCUGUCCCUGGAGCUGGGGGGGAAAAACCCUGCCAUCAUCUUCGAUGAUGCUGACCUCAGCCAGUGCAUCCCCACCACCCUGAGGUCCAGCUUUGCCAACCAGGGUGAGAUCUGCCUCUGCACCUCCAGGAUCUUUGUUCAGCGGGGCAUAUACAACGAGUUUGUGAAGAGGUUUGUGGCAGAGGCGAAGAAGUGGAAGGUUGGGAACCCCUCAGAUCCUACAGUCAGCGUGGGAGCACUAAUAAGUAAAGAGCAUCUAGAAAAGGUAAGGAACUAUGUGAAGACAGCCCAAGCUGAAGGAGCCAGAGUCCUGUGCGGAGAGGGAGUGGAUUCCUUGGUUCUUUCUGCUGACAACCAGAAAGGCUACUUCAUGUUGCCCACAGUUAUUGCUGAAGUCAAGGAUGAAUCUAAGUGCAUGCAAGAAGAGAUCUUUGGUCCUGUGACAUGUGUGGUAGCAUUUGAUACAGAAGAUGAAGUGAUUGAAAGAGCCAACCGUGUGAAAUAUGGCUUGGCAGCCACUGUGUGGUCCAGCAACGUGGGGCGUGUUCAUCGGGUGGCACGGAGACUGCAGUCUGGAUUGGUGUGGACUAACUGCUGGCUCAUUAGAGAUCUGAACUUGCCAUUUGGUGGGAUGAAAGCCUCAGGCAUAGGAAGGGAGGGAGCAAAGGAUUCUUAUGAAUUCUUCACUGAGGUCAAAACCAUCACAAUAAAGCACUGACAUGUCAACACAAGUAUUG